AUGGCGACCCCAGCACCAUUGGACGACGUGAUGAGAGAGCUUAAGAAGAUCCCCAUGACAAAACAACAAUUCGAGCAAACAAAAGCCAGGAUCAUCCAGAGCCGCGCCGAAGCAGAAACAAACGAUCCCCUCCUCAAAAUCGCAAAGAUGACCCAGAACUGCAUCAAAGACAUCAGAGAUAGACUCGCCUACAUUGCAGAGAGACGUGAGCAAAAGGCCCAGGAAGAAGAACAGAGGACCAUUGCCUUCGCAACCGCUCUCGCAGAAAGGAACAAAGUCAAGGCAACCGAAAAGUCAACAAAGCAAGGCCAAAAAACUCACAGGACCAGAAUUGAAGUUUGGAGGGAUGAGGUCAAGCAACUGGCCCUGCUAGAGAAGAAACCAACAUUGGGGACCACUGCUCUGAAGCAGCAGAAUCCAUCACUGCAAAACACAACAAAACGACCUCUGGACAGCGAAGUCGUAUUCUUCGAAGACCUUGCGGGCACUGCCUCAACACCAGUCAACAAACGCAUGAAGACAGCCGCACAAAACGACUCUUCCUCCCUGGUCGCCCCUCCCACAAGCAGCAAAAAGUCCAUCCCCUGGCUCAGCACUCGCGCCUCCAUGGCCGAUGAAGAUGUGUUCGCAGACGACGAUUGUCACUUCCCCAAUCCAGAGAUCCGUCUUCAUGACAAGAAGAACAAGAGGAACGCCCACAACGACAACGAAAACAUAGAUGAUGACGACGCGGAUGAGGAUAUCAACAGAGACGAAGACGAUCUGAACUCUGAAGAUUCCUACGGUUCAGAACUCACAGAGUUGGAGCAGAUGCUGACAAUCGAGAUGGCAAUGGUGGGUGUGAUGACGCUGCUGCUCGCCCGAAACAAUGAAGCACUCAGGGAUACUCCAACAUAUUGA